CAUCUGGAACUCUGUCUCCCAAGCCUUAUUAAUCUGACUGAAGAAAUUCAUCAUCAGCCCCGAGACACGACAAACUGUGGAGGGGAAGAUUGGUUUAAAAAGCUCAGAUCAAGAAGCAGCUUUCAUUACAAGAAGCCUGUAACAGUCCAACCUACACCAAGAAGUAAAUCAAAACGCCCACACAGAAAAGAGCUGGUGUCAGAAAGAGAAACUGAUGAUUUAAAUGCCCCUACAGGGAAGGAGAACGAGGCAUUAAUUGCUAAGGACAGCACUGCUGAAUUUGAAAAUUUUGAGACAAAAGAGGGAGAGGGCAUAAUUCAGACAAAUACAGAUGGAAAGUCAGAAAAAUGUGGGACAAAAGAUUAUACUAAUGAAGAAGGAAAUGAAAUGCUGUUUGAAAUCAUGAAAAGUAACAGUGGCAGCCAAGUAAACACUGAGCAGAACAAAUCUCAAGAAGAAAAUCUUGAGAGAGAAGAUGUGCCGGUGCCUAAUGAACAGGAGGAGGAAGAUGUUUCCAAUGUACAUGAGGAAGCAAACCCACUCCAAAAAAGAAAAAAUGAGGGAGCCACAGAAGGUGUGCAAGGAAGUUCUGCUGAUGUGGAGGAAACGGCAGUGGAAAGGAGAACCCUGAGAAAAAGCGAGCAAGUCAAGGAGGCAGUUAUGUGACAAACUGAAGUGACAUUUACAGCAGAUGAUGUAGAGUUGAGAUCAGAUGUAACUGUAGCAGUUUUUGGGGGUAGUAAUUUGGGUGAAAAAUACUACAAAAAAUCCAGAAAAAUGCUGAAAGGACUAAAUCAGCUGGAGAUUGUAAUGCACAUGAAGCCUUAGAGCCAGAUGCAGAUGAGGAGGAAAAACAGAUCAGAUUAUAUAAAACCCAGACAGAUGAGGAUAAUGAAGAGGUUGUGACAGAAGAAACAGGUGAGGAAGCAACAGAGCAACAUGUAGAUCUUGAGUCCAGUACAAAUGAGAGUCCAAAAGAGAUAUUCACAUCUGCAGAAAAAGGUGAAGAAAAUAUCUCUGAUGAUGAGAAAAGGUCUUGUCAUUGAAAAGCAUGUUCUUCAGAGUAGCUCAACUACCAGACGAAAAUCAUUGAGGCUACAAAUGCAUGAACCCAAAAAGCAAACUAAGGAAGAUGAAUCAGAUUCUGAAUCAGAAGUACAACAAAAAACACCAAAACAGAUACAUCAGAGAAAAAGAAAAACCAUAAGUGACUCAAC